CCGGGCUUUCACAUGUUUGCAAAUGUGUACUGGCACAUACUACAUACAUGGUAUAUUGACAUGAGCGACACUAGCUGGGUGGACCUUCUCUCUGAUCGACCAGAGAGACCUAUUCUAGUGACUGGGAGCACACCACAACACGGGCAUGGCUCUGAAACUACUACCCUCAGGUGUCAAGUAGCCUCUCUACUCAGGGACAAGCAACGGCUCACACAAGAUGCCCUCAAGAGUCGAGAGAUGAAUGCUGCAUUGUCAUCUGAGGCUCAAGGACUGAGAGAUCAACUAGACGAGAGUCGGAGGCAGUCAGAGGAAGUAUGUGCAGUAUUAGAGGAACAGUCUCAACUUAUAGCAGAGCUCUCCCAGUUCCAGAGUGAUGGGGCUAAUGAACUGAAGCACUGUCGUGAGACUAUACACACACUGGAGGAGACUGUGUGUGAGAAAGAGAGAGCAUUAGAAGGAGUGUAUGCACAUGUUCAAGAGUUGAGAUCUGAAGUUCACCGUCUGUCUACUCACCUACAAGCCUCAGACUUGGAGAGACUAACUCUACGCAAUGCAGAGAUGAGUCAAAGCCUCGCCUCCACUCAACACACACGCACACUCCUCGAGAACCAACUGCUCACAAUCAAACAAAAACUAGCAGAAGAAAAGGAACGCUCUGCCAACUUUGAAAUGUCAGCACAGCAAGCCAAAGUAGCGUUGACUGACAAACAAAAUGAAGUUGAGAAGUCCAAAGUGUCUCUAGUUGUCUACAAGGAGGCCAAAGAAAGACAAGUGGAUACACUCAGGGCUACCAUUCAGAGCCUCUCUCAGAAAUGCCAGUCACUAGAACUGCAACACCAGCAAGAUAUCUCCCAGGUCAAAGGUCAACUGGAGGCCACCACACAUGAGUUGCACUCUGUACUGAGACAGAAGCGACUAAUUGCAGAGCAAGUAUCUGAUUUAGAAGGGGCAAUAGUUAGCGCUAGAUGCCAGCUGGAUAGUCGUGUUGCCCUUGGCAACGAGAUGAAGGCGCUACUGGAACAAAGGGCAGCUCAAAUUAAACACCUCCAGAGAAAUAAGCUCUCAAUCGCCAUGGAAACAGAUCUACUGAACAUGUCAAGAGAGUCACUGGUUGGUAGUGAGUUGAGUAUGUGCUCGUCAGGGCUUUCCUCCGUGAGGCGCUUCUCCACUGCACAGGCUGAGAUAGUUCACUUGAAACAGAGAUUGUCCGAGUCUCGUGCUGCUACUGUUAGACUAGAGGUGACCUGUGCACAGUUGAGGACAGAGGGGGCACGGUUACUAGGGUCACAACAAGCCCUAGCAACCAUACGACAACAACUACUCACUGAAAACACUUCAUUAGACAAAGGUCAAAGGUCAUUCAAAGAAACAUGGGAGAGAGAAAAGGACGACAUGAAGAAUCACGUUCUGUCACUACGUAAUGAGUUACAUCAGACAAGGCAAUUGGUGUCGUCAAGGGAGAUGCAUAGUGUACGCCUCGUCUCCAUGGAAACAGAACUAAAUCUCUCCAAACAAACAGUGUCAAGUCUUGAGUUCGAGCUAGGUCAUGUGACAUUAUUACUGGACUCAGAUUGUGUGUAUCUACGUGAGACAGUGGGUGUGGUCAAGAGUCAAGUGGAUAGGUUCAAGAGUGACCAAGUACAAGUACUGGAGGGACUGUCCCUCACAAACACUGUCAACACCAAGAGAGCUGCUCAAAUACAAGAGAAGGAAGACUCUCUGUCCCAACUGAUGGCAGAGGUGAACCUGCUCAGAGCUAGGAAGAAAGUGUUGGGCAAUCAUAUCAGUACUUCUGGAGGAGGUCAGAGUUCACUGCUACGACUAAAGGAGCGUCUGAAAAAGGAGAAACUACAAACCAACUUUGUACGCCUAAGGCUAGGUUAUGUUCUUCGUGAGUUGCGACUGUACAAGCAACUGGUUGUUGCUCUGGAAGGCAGAGAGAGGGAAUUGCAGUGUGGCUUCAGUAACUUGCAGCAACAGCACUUGUUGUGUGUGGACAAGUUACGGACUGCAGAGCUAGCUACGACACAUUGAACAUUGUUUGUAUACUCAUUGAAUAUUGCCAAUCAUUCA